UGGUCUUUAUAGUAGACAAAUAGAAAGUAAGAGAGUUUAAAUAGUAGAGAAUGUCAGCAAAAUCUUUCCCUCAAAUGCUCAAAGCAGCAAAGCCAUUCAUUGCUGUCAUUGUACUUCAAUUCGGCUAUGCAGGGAUGUCCAUAAUUUUCAAGUUUGCUUUAAACCAAGGGAUAAGCCCACAUGUGUUGGUAGCAUACCGGCAUGCUGUUGCUACUGCUGUUGUUGCUCCUUUUGCCCUUGUGUUGGAGAGGAAAACAAGGCCCAAAAUGACCACAUCUGUCUUCACCAAGAUUAUGUUACUUGGCUUACUAGAGCCUGUCAUAGACCAGAACCUGUGCUACACUGGACUGAAGUUCACAACGGCUACUGUUUCAGCCGCCAUGAGCAAUGUUCUUCCUGCAUUUGUGUUUAUAUUGGCUUGGAUUUUAAGGCUUGAGAAGGUUAAUAUUGGUAGAAUUCAUAGCCAAGCAAAGAUAUUGGGAACCAUAGUGACUGUUGGAGGAGCAAUGUUUAUGACUUUGUAUAAUGGAUCAAUGUUAAAUCUACCAUGGGCAAAACCAGCAAAUCAUAAUGAUUCUACACAAGCUACCAACAAUCAAUCCUCUAUUAAGGGUGCUGUAAUGAUCUCAGCAGGUUGUGUAACCUGGUCAAGCUUCAUUAUACUUCAAGCAAUUACAUUGAAAUCAUACCCUGCUGAGCUCUCCCUAACAACUUUUAUAUGCUUGUCGGGUGCAAUCCAAAGCUCUGUUGUGGCGCUAGCAUUAGAAUGGGGUAACCCUGCAGCAUGGUCCAUAAGCUCGAGUUCCAUGUUAUUUGCUUCUCUCUACAGUGGCAUAAUUUGUUCAGGGUUCUCAAUAUAUAUCCAGGGACUAGUCAUGAAGGUAAAGGGGCCAGUUUUCGUGACAGCUUUCAAUCCUCUAAGCAUGGUUAUAGUGGCAAUACUGAGCUCCUUCAUAUUAUCAGAGAUAAUGUAUUUGGGGAGAGUUAUUGGAGCACUAUUCAUUGUCUUAGGCCUAUACAUGGUUCUUUGGGGUAAAAGCAAAGACAAGCCUCCAACUGAUCAAUUUAGCAACAAAGAUUUAGCACAAGAAGCUCAACACAUUGAUACUGUCAUGGAUGAGAAGUGUAAAGAGCUUCUUUCCAUUGAUACUGUUCGAGGAAAGAGUGGAGAUGAAGCUGUUUACAAUAACAUAAAUAUCGUCUAAGUGAUUAUAUCAUUUUUUAUUUCCUUUCACUAGCCGAAAUCUUGUUUUGAGUUUACUUAGCCUGGGAGUUAUGAAAUUUCAAUAAGUAAAGAGUUAAUUAGUGUUUGAUCCUUGCUUGUUCUUGCCACUUCUAUGUUUAGUUUGUAAUCAUUACAAACUCAAGCAUGAGUAAUAAAUUCAUUUAGCUUUCCA